AUGUUAAAGACUGGAACAUGUCCAAUUUGUAAACCAGUGUUUCAAUACAUACAUGAUAACCUAGACAGUAUCGACGGUCUUACCAGAGACGGUCUGAAAUCAGCUGCUACUGUAGGUUUUUUUCAAGUUACAGUAGAGUAAGGUAGGGUACAGUACAAUAGGGUAAAGUAUGGCACCAUAGAGUAGGGUAUAGUAUAGGUUAGGAUAAUUUACAGUGAGGUAGGGUAGAGUAGGGUAUGGUAGGGUACGGUAGGGUAGGGGGGGGGGAGGGAGUAGGGUAGAGUAGAGUAAGGUAGGGUAGGUUAAAAUAGGGUAGGGUAGGAUAGGGUAGGGUAGGGUAGGGUAGGAUAGGGUAGGGUAGGGUAGGAUAGGGUAGGGUAGGGUAGGGUAGGGUAGGGUAGGGUAGGGUAGGGUAGGGUAGGGUAGGGUAGGGUAGGGUAGGGUAAGGUAGGAUAGGGUAGGGUAAGGUAGAGUAGGGUAAAAAUUGAGUUAUCUAUCAGUAUUUUUUAAAUUUUGUAAUUGUAAAAUUGUUUUAGGCCGGCUGCAGCAUGUCUGGCUUACCAGACUGUGCCGGGCUUGUCGAUACUAUUGACGGACAAUUUGAUGGACUUUAUCAUUUCAUUGUCGAGAAAGAGAAAGAAAUUGACCCUGAAGACUGCUGCGGCUACUUGGAUUAUUGUUAA